AUGCCUGCACUCUUGGGCACCGACGCGAUGCCAGAGGAGGAGCACAACAGUGACGAGGUGCUGGGUGACUCGGAAGGUGGAGAGGAGAACUACGAGGCGUUCGAAACCCCGGCAGCAGAAACCUACGCACACCUCCCCAAGCCCAUCUGCGACAACAUCCACUUCUGCAUCCAAGCUAUUCAGACCAGUCACUCUGAGUGGAAAGACGCCAUCAACGCUAUCAACACCGCAUUCGAAGCGCGAAGAACCUCGCUAGAGGAAGAACACGGCCGAGCCAAAGCCCAAGAAGCCGCCUUUGAAAAGAGAGAAGCGCUCUACAUCCGCUUGCCUACGAACCAAGCCGUGAACCUGGUUCACAACGCUUUGCUUGUGGAACAUGCGCAAGAACGCGUACUCAUCGCGGAUAUGUUCAGGGCGAUUAAGAUUGGGAAGGUGGAUAUGAGAGCUGCGCGGGCUGAUGGACUGACCAAGGCCAAGGAGGUAUAUCUGAGGCAGCGCAAAACAUUCAGCAAGCUGAUCGAGGGCUUGAGUGGUAUGGCUGGGAAGAUGAAAGAUGAGCGAGCCGUUGGAGAGAGGGGAAGUCGGUCGACAGUUUCAUCACUGGCUGUCAGGUCGCCUGCUCCAGCAUCAUACUCUCAGACCACGGCACAUGCACGCACAAUUACUCCACUGCCUCCUAUUCAGAUCGGCAGCAUGGCAACCCUGUCAUUGUUGGAAAGGCGCAGCGGUACAAAUAGCGAGCUGAGGUACUCACCGGGCGCCUCGGCCGCUGCCUCUACAGCUAUGGCCCUCUCCACAGCUCAGAGGCACAAACUCACAUCCACUAUCAAGGAUGUGAUUCGCAACUGCAUUACCGCCAAAGCAUCCAGCGUGUCAAAUUGGCGGGUGGAGAGAAUCAAGUCUAAAACACAGGCGAAGGCGGACACAAAGGCAUUGACGACGAGCUAUGAGCUUUUAUGUUCUCACGGAGAUGACUUCAACGCGAGAGUCACCCUGUUCGAGAGCUUGACAUCCUAUCCAAACUCCCUGCGUCCCUACUUCACCCGCAUCGAAGGUGACAUGGAAAAGGAACUUCUCCUCUUGAAUGAAUGCAGCAAGCAUGUGAACGAAGAACAAGCACGCAUUGAGGGAGAACACAAGGAGCGGAAAAGUAAGGCUUACGAGCGCUGCGCCGAGGAGCAAGGGUGGCAUGAUAGGCAGUUACACAGUCUUCGGUUCCUGGCCAAGACUGCAGGAAUCUCUCUUGACGACUGA